AUGAACCUCGGGACAGACCCGCUUCAGCUACUGCAGCUAAUUUCCAAGUAUCGCUUCCUCAGUAUAUGCAUUAAGUUCCAUGUCCCGACCACACCACACAGCGCUCUGACUGGGGUCAGGAGUAUCAGCCCCGCCCCCACUGCGCCUGUCGGUGCCGGACUACUCUUUCCCUCAGCUGUAGCCAUGCUGGUUUGUGAAUGUCAGAUUCUCAGUGAAGAGUUUUUAUCUUCCUCACACAAGACAGAUUGGCAGGAAAUCAGGCUAAAUGGGGCAAAAGAAGAGAUACCUGGUUUACAAAAUGCCCAGCGGACUCGCGGAUGUCCGGAGAUCUUUACAGAUGAUGACUUGCUGAAGCUGGACACAUUUUUAAAAAUCAAAGAAUCGGCUUCAAAACGCACACGGAGGCAGGGGGACAGCAGCGUCUCCGCCCCAGCGGUCCCCGGGCGUGGCACCCAUUCGGCCUCAUUUGAAAGGAGAGAGAGAAGCGGUCGGCCAGGGGGGCGGCAGGCACGAGGCCUCCCUCUUCGGGCUUUCACCCGGCUCCACGAGGAGACAGACGGAAAGUUCCAGACCGAGCGACGCUGGCGGCCCGGGAUAGCAGCGUGCCCGGCGCAAGAGCGAUUUCGCUGCAGUUUCCGGGCAAAGCCAGGGAUGGGGAUGCCCGUGUCCGUGGUGCUGAAGCAUCUCCAGCACUGCCACAUGUAUGGGCAUGCAAGGAACACUUAUUGAAAAAAAAGGAAAUACUGAUUGCAAGAAUACUACUUCCAGGUCAUCCUGAAGAAAAUGUGUGCCACUAUAACCUCAGCUACUCAGAAGGCUGAAGCAGAAGGACUGCAAGUUCAAGA